AUAAAAGAAGCUUUAAAAAGAAGUUUUUUUUUUUUAAAAAAAAAACCAAAAAAAAAGGGUUACGUGUUAACAUUAUAUUGGUGAUCAAAUCCAAACCCACACGGCCACGAAAAAAAAAAGAAUUUUAUCAACUGAUUUUAAACAAGAUUUAUCAACAAAAUGUGGCAUUUAAUUCGAAAUCAAACAUCAUUUUCAACAACAAAUAUCGUACCAAAAAACGUUGAAUCCAAUGAUAAGACAGAGAGCAGUAAACCUUUAAAGAAAGCCGUUUCCAUGGAUUCUUUGAAAUCAACACCUAUAAACGUAAAAAAGAGAAAUGGUAGCAUGGAUGGAAAUGUAUUUAGUUAUGGUAAUUGGUUUAUAAAUGAUAAGAAAUUAUCCCUAAGUGAUCAGUCAACAACAAGUUCACAGGAUGAUAAUUACGUGAUUGCUUUGAUCGGUAAGCCAACUGUUGGUAAAUCAACAAUUGUGCGAACGGGUAUGAAUAAUUUGACACCAAUAAAAAAUAUUGGCGUAGAUCAUAAUAUAAUAAAAGCGCCAACGUUUAUAUCAGAAAUUGAGGUCGAUGAUCAGGCGUAUCCAGUUGAAGUGCUGGAAAUUCAAGAGAAUGUUUUUGACAUGAAAUCUCCAUUGCAAUGGCCAAAAGAGCUCCCUGAAAUCGAUGGAAUUCUAGUUUGUUAUGACGUCACUUCACGUGAAUCAAUAGCAAAUAUAGCAUGGCUUCUAAGUGCUUUCAAAGAAUUUCAAAUUCCAACAAUACUGGCUGCUUGUAAAGUAGAUUGUGAAUUAUCAAAACGUAAAGUUGAUGCAUCAUUUGGUCCGAAACUUGGUGAUUUAUUUCGUAUUGGGUUUGUUGAAUUGGACACACGUUCUGAUGCUGGAAUUGAGAAAAUACAUGAUGUAUUUUCAAUGUUAUUAAGAUUAGCAAUACGGCAUAGAGAUUUCUCUCGAAAAAAUAAAGUAAAUAGGACAGCUGAAUCAUCGUCGGAUUCUAUAUUUUUACAAAAUGUUAGUAGUGAUGCUGAAUCGGAUAAAGUAUCUUUAAGUCACAGAAGAACAUCAAGUGAUUUAAGUUAUGAACCAAGAGGUCGAAGAAGGUUCUCAAAUUUACCAGCUGUACGAUUUAUGAGCAGUCGAUAUAGUUCCCAUUUUGGUACUCCAAAAAUCGAUUCACGAAAAUUAUCACGAUAUCCAUUAAAUAUGUUAAGCAGUGAUGAAGAAGCAACAACACCACCUCAAACACCACCAACACCUUCAAUCUUAUCUCAAAUGUCGCUUCCUUCGGCUCCAUCAUCUCCUAAACUCUAUAAUACCGAAAAGAGACGUUCAAUUUUACCUUCAACGAAUUUAUUACAGGUGAAAGAAACUGAAGAAGAAAGUUUCUCUACAAGAUCCGCAAAUAGUAGAAUUUCAACUGCAAGUUAUGAUUCUGUUCUAAGUUCAAUGAGUGGAAGAAGUGAUAAUUCUUUAGAUGCUCUAGAUUCUAUUGAAAGGGGUCAAGUUAAAUGUACUGGAAAUCGUACGGAUGGUAUGACAAUCGAUGAAUUGAUUCAUCGAUUAACCAUUGGAGGUCAAUAUGGUACACAUGAUGAUCCAUUUACGAUAACAUUCUUUGUCGUUUAUCGAGCUUUCAUGAGACCUAGAGAAGUUUUGGUCAAAUUAGUACAAAGAUUUCAUGAAUGUGAAAAGGAUGUAAAGGAUUUUAAAGAUAAUCGAAACACAACACAUGAGAAGAUAUGUAACUUGUUGUAUAAUUGGUUAACUCAACAUCCUAACGAUAUGAUUCACCCUCAUACUCGACACAUGUUACGAAAUUUCUUUGACGUAAUAUCAAGCAGAUCACAUCUUACGUACUACGCUAUUACUCUAAAGUCAUUAGUUUAUGGCACAGUUCCUGAAGAAGACCCUGAUUCCUUUUGGGGAUUAACCGAUGUUGAUGAUGAUGAGAUUACUAAAGAACAACAUAUAGAAAAACCGAAAAUGGCUACUAUUGGUACAAAAAAAGAUAGUGGUAUUGGUAGCUGGAUCUUAUGUGAUGACAAAAAUGAUGCUUUAUCUCUUUCACGACUUGCUCGACCAAGUCUUACAAAUCAUCGUAAAGCUUCCAUAAUAAUUGUAAAUAAUGAGUCAACUGGAAGACCUAUAUGUCAAGUACCAUUCGAAGAAUUACCCGAAAAGUCGAUUGCGAAUGAAUUAACGUAUCAGGAAUUUCACCUUUUCAAAAAAAUUGUGCCAAGGGACAUGUUAAGGCACAUUUGGUCUCCACAAGGAAGUCCUCAACGUGAAAAUGGGAGGGUUGCUCAAUCUAUUAAACAUUUUAAUCUUAUUUCUAACUGGGUUUCUACGAUGAUUUUAUCCCAGGACAAAUUGAAAAAUCGCGCAGCUAUGUUGAAAAAGUUCAUGAAAGUAGCAGUAAUUGUCAGGGAAUUAAAUAAUUACAAUACUUUAAUGGCAAUUAUUGCUGCAAUAAAUUCUGCCCCAAUUGCGAGACUUCGUCGCACACGUGAACUUAUAAAGGGAAAAUCGACAUACAAAAAAUUUCAUAAUUUGGAAGUUUUGAUGUCAACGGACAAGUCUUUUGGUAACUAUCGAUUGGCCUUGAAGGCUCCAUCACGUGGCUAUGAUGAACAAUUUGGGAUACCUUAUCUUGGUAUUCAUUUACAAGAUUUAUUGUCCAUUGGAGAAGGUAACAAAGACUUUCAGGAAAAUGGCAAAGUUCAUUGGAAUAAAUUCUCUCUUAUGGGAGAUAUAGUAAACAUGAUACGAAAUUUUCAAAAGAAAUCAUGUAAUGUUAAGAACAAUAAACUUAUUGAAAAAUUUAUUUCUGAAACGGUGGUAUUGAACGAUGAUGAAUUAUAUAAUAGGUCUUUGGAAUUAGAACCUCGAAUUCAAAGAUCUGCAAGUACAAGUAGAGUACGAAGAUAAGUCAAUAAAACCACUCAAAAUUCGGACAAUUAAUAGUAACACAACUAAAUGAAAGGACACUUUUAUUCUCUCAGACAUUGUUUGAUCUUUUAUUACAUCAAGUUCCCUUUUUUUUGAAAUGAGGGACACAAAAACUUUGUAUAUAUUUUAUUUCCAGAAAAUUUUUUUUAAUUAUCGUGUAUAGUUUUUUUCUUAUAUAUUGGGCUUUUUUUAUUAUAUAUUAUUGGGUUGGGUUUAUUUUAUCAACUAAAAAUUAAAAAAAACUUUUUUAUUGUAUUAAUGGGUAUUAUGGGCUUUCUUUUUAUAAAUAUAAUUUUUUUGGGUUUAGUGCGAUUAAAACGAUUUUUUUUUUUUUUUUGUAACAUAAUC